AUGGUGAUCUCCGCCCCUCUCUGCCACGGCUUCCUGCCCUUCCCCGCAGUCGCCAAGGAAUCCUCUGCCGCGUGCUCCAGGAAUCGGAGGCUGGUCCUCACCGCUGGCUGCCGCUCCGGUCCACUCGCUGCCGCGUCGACGGACGCGGCCCCUGUGGCCGAUGCCGCCCGCGUCGCCAGGAGGAGGUGCGAAUGCUUCGAUCUCCAUCAGCAGAUGGUUCCUUUCGCUGAAUCAUGGGCUAGGCAGAAGUCCAUUGUCAAGAGGAGGAGAGGGCUGGUAGACAGCGACGAGGAUCACACGGACACCUUGAUCGCCCUGCAGCAUCUGCCGGUUUAUACACUGGGCACCGGCAGCAGCGAGGAGUUCCUCCGUUUCGAUGUACAAGAUUCUCCCUAUGAGAUUCAUCGUAUUGACCGUGGCGGGGAGGUGACGUAUCAUGGGCCUGGACAGCUUGUCAUGUACCCGAUUAUCAAUUUGCGGUAUCACGAGUUGGAUCUUCACUGGUACCUUAGGUCACUGGAAGAUGUGAUCAUCCGUGCCCUUCACUCCGCAUUUUCUAUUAAGGCUUCAACAGUAAAAGGCCUCACUGGUGUCUGGGUUGGGGAUCAGAAAGUUGCAGCUAUUGGAAUCCAUUGCUCACGAUAUAUAGUAUAUCAUGGCCUAGCUCUAAACGUCACAACUGACUUGGCCCCUUUUGAACGUAUCGUUCCCUGUGGCAUAAAGGACCGUCGCGUUGGGAGCAUUAAGGAAAUAUUACAGAAGAAUUCCAGCGGAAGGGAACUUAAUGAUGCAGAACUGAUGGAUAUAGCUUAUGAGUCGUUGAUUAAAGAGUUUGCUGAGAUUUUCCAGCUCUCUCUAGAACCCAGCACUGAUUCGUAUCUCCAGCCAAGAUAAUGUUAUCAAUUAACUACGGAAUACAUUACUAGAGUAUUGGAACCACACUUCACCGAAGAAGUAGGUACAACUACAAGCAUAUUAUAGCAGCGGCAAGCUAGCUUUAUUCGAAACUGCAAGCUCCUUCAGUCCAAUAGUUGCAGAACUAGCGAUACGGGUGCAUGAAUUCA